AAGCAGCAUAAUUUUAAGCACUUGCACAUACAUUGAGCACACGCCCACUUUUGUGUGGCGUUAAGUAAUAGCAACAACAACAACAACAACAGGAGCAGCAGCUCAGGAGCAACAUCAAAAUUUUCGUGUACAUUAUGUUGGCAGCAAUGACAACACCCGCCACCUUGCUAGAGUUCGGCGCUCUGGGUGAGGUGCCCAGCCUGCUGGAGAUUGAGUUGCCCGACCUGCUUUUCAAUGAGAGUCUCUUCAUUGAACUGAACGGCAGUCUUACGCAGUUGGAUGUCAACCAGAGCAGCUGGCAGCUGGGCAACAGCAGCAACAAUGCCGGCAACAGCAGCAGCAGCAGCAACAGCAACAAUGCCACGAGCAGCAGCAGCAACAGCAGCAGCCUGAAUGCCACCAGCGAUCUGGAGGAGCAACAACGAGCGGCCGAUGAGCGUGCGGCCGCCGAGUUCUGGCUGCUGGUCAAGAUGAUUGCCAUGGCGGUAGUGCUAGGCCUCAUGAUACUCGUUACCAUUAUAGGCAAUGUAUUUGUUAUAGCGGCCAUAAUACUGGAGCGCAACUUGCAAAAUGUUGCUAAUUAUUUGGUUGCAUCGCUGGCAGUUGCUGAUUUAUUUGUUGCCUGUCUUGUCAUGCCACUUGGCGCCGUCUACGAGAUAAGCAAUGGCUGGAUACUGGGCCCGGAGCUCUGCGACAUUUGGACUUCAUGCGAUGUGCUCUGCUGCACUGCAUCCAUUUUACAUUUGGUUGCCAUAGCAGCGGAUAGGUAUUGGACUGUGACCAACAUUGACUACAACAAUUUGCGUACGCCGCGUCGCGUUUUCCUCAUGAUAUUCUGUGUUUGGUUUGCCGCUUUGAUUGUGUCGCUCGCACCGCAGUUUGGCUGGAAGGAUCCGGAGUAUUUGAAGCGCAUUGAGGAGCAGCAUUGCAUGGUGUCCCAGGAUGUGGCAUAUCAGAUUUUUGCUACCUGCUGCACUUUCUAUGUGCCGCUGCUGGUGAUUCUGUUUCUGUAUUGGAAAAUCUAUUUGAUUGCACGCAAGCGCAUUCAGCGACGCACACAGAAGUCCUUCAAUGUGGCGCUGGCGGAGACUGAGUGCGACUCGACAACGCCCAAGCAGCGUGGCCGACGACGACGAGCGGAGCUGGCAAGUGAGCAGGACUGCACGGAGAAUGAAACGGAGGACGGGCAGAGUGAGCUGAAGCUGCAGCGACGCACACGCAAACGCAUAAAGAUCUGCUUUGGACGCAGCUCCAACACCGCUUGCAUCAAUGCGGGCAUGGAGGGCGCUGUGGCGCGCUCGAUGGCCGCCAUUGCUGUGGACUUUGCCAGCUUGGCCAUAACGCGCGAGGAGACGGAGUUCAGCACUAGCAACUAUGAUAACAAAAGUCAUGCGGGCACCGAGCUGACCACCAUAUCCAGCGAUGCGGACGAUUAUCGCACUAGCAAUGCUAACGAAAUCAUAACGCUCUCACAGCAGGUGGCCACUGCUGCGACACAGCAGCAUCUAAUCGCCUCCCAUUUGAAUGCCAUAACGCCACUGGCACAAUCCAUCGCCAUGGGUGGCGGCACAACAGAAACAGCAGCAACAACAACUACAGCCAGCAGCCCCAUAACGGGCGCUGGCGUAAGCGUGGUGGGCAAAGCUUUGGCCAGCAUUGCCAAUCCGCAUCAGAAGCUGGCCAAGCGUCGCCAGCUGCUGGAGGCAAAGCGGGAGCGCAAGGCGGCGCAGACUUUGGCCAUCAUCACCGGCGCCUUUGUCAUUUGCUGGCUGCCGUUCUUUGUCAUGGCCCUAACCAUGAGUCUGUGCAAGGACUGUGAAAUACAUCCGGCAAUCGCCUCAUUAUUUCUUUGGCUCGGCUACUUCAACUCCACACUAAAUCCGGUCAUCUAUACCAUCUUCAAUCCCGAAUUUCGUCGCGCCUUCAAGCGCAUUCUGUUUGGCCGCAAGAGCGCAGCGCGGGCGCGCAGUGCGAAAAUUUGAUUUCAACUGAAAACCAACGAGGACCAGUACUUGUAACCUCAGUCUCAAUACUCCACCAAACAGCAAAUAAGGAAACAGCUUCAAACUUCAAAAGCAAAACAACUGCAAAUGCAUUGAUUAAUUGGGAAUUGGUAAUAAACUCAAGUUACUCUAGUUCGUCAGGACAUAGUCUGUAGUCAGUUUAGUCACUAGUUUAGCUGUAGUUUAAGCUUAAGCUGCAAUCUAGGCAUAGUGGCGUUUAACGUUGUCUUAGCAGUGACAAUCCUAAUUACGUUUAGAUUUAAGCAAAACCAAACCUAGAACCUACCUAAGCGAUUAAAAAACACAAACGUGCCCCUUAUGAAAUGAAAGCAACCCAUAAAGCUAACAGCAACUACGACAACAAAGAACAAUUUUUUUAUAUGCGCCUGUUAUAAGUGUAAGCGAUUUUCAUUUAAACUAUAUGUAUGCAUAUUAAAGUUAGUUGAGCAAACAAUUUUAAAAGUCUUCCCUGUGUCUUAAAGCAAAAAACCUUGCAGCAAGCAGUAAACUUGAAACUAGAGUUAAGUACGCUACUUCUAAAUGUAAAUUGUAUAUGUUAGUUCGAUACAACACACACACACACACACACACACACCCAAAUGGCUGCCCAUAUCUUGCGUUAAACUAAACGGCUGGGGUCCAAUAACUAACUUUAUACGCUUUUCUUGCUGUGUCCUUAGCUUAAGCCUAGUUAUUUAUUUCUACGCCUGCAAUUAUUUAUAAUUCAAUUCAAUUUGUAACGAAUUUACUCAGUUCAACACAUAAAUCAAAACACGUAUCAAAAUAAUUAAACUAAUCAAAAAAUUUGUAAAUGUAUUAGCAACAAAAUAAACAAAACCGUUUAAUGAUAGGUGAAAGUGAAAACUUUUGUGGAAUGAAAUUUAGAAAUAGUCACAUAGCUUGCUUGUGUGUAUUACGCAUACGCACUGUAUACAGCUGUCUAUAUAUUAUUGUCUAACUAUAAGCAU